AAAAAUUAAUGUUUGGAAUAUUAUCUCUUGUUUAUAAUAUAUCAUAAUUGAUUGGAUGGUCAGCAAUAUUAGGAUUAGUAUUGAUGGAAUUAGUAAAUGGAACAGAAAAAACAGGAUAGAUAGUUUGUUUAGUGCAUGUGAUGUAAAUUUCUUAGAUCUAUGAUUUAAUUUCUAACAUAGUUGGGUAUAGUAUUGGAUUAUGAAAGUUUAACAUCUGGAUCCUUAAUAAGUAAUAUCCUUUAAUUAGGAGGUAGACUUGUUGUGGCAUUAUUGUUUAUGUAUGAUGGAGUGUGUUUUUGUUGUUUAAUAAAUGCAGUGAUUGCAUGGUCUUUAGCUGAAAUAAUAAGAUUCUCAUAUUACUUAUUUAAGAAUAAUUCUAUAUGCAAGAGUCUUAGAUAUAGUGCAUUUAUGAUCCUCUAUCCUAUAGGAAUAUUAGGAGAAAUAAGAACAGUUAAUUAAUCUUUGGCUGUUUAUGGGGAAAUGUAAGUUAGAGGAUUACAAUUGAUUUUGAUAUGUAAAAAUACAAUAUAAAUUUAGUGGGAGGAUUCUUUAUGUAUGGUUAAAUGUUAAGUGCAAAGAGAAAACAUUCAAAAUAGACAGCAGUAACUUAGAAUCAAAAUGUAAAAUAAAGAUCAAAUAGUCCUGUAAGUAGACCAAAGAGAGAAUGAGUUAUAACAAAAGUAGCUAGA